AUGGGUGACGUGGGAGGAGAGACUGCGGUGGAUGCUGCACAAGUCUGCGACCACAGAAAACUAGCUUACGCGUAAGUCAUCGUUCCUGCUCCAACACUGCUGUGGAGCACAGGGUGGACGUAGUCGAAACCGACGGUCAAACUUUCAGUGAGGAAUGAGCUGAUUUGCUCUGGGGAUGGAUUCCACGGUGUCGGCCUCUGUUUCUCUCUCCAGUCGACUAUCCGAGCCUGCCAAUUAACGCAUGAUAAGACUAGAUGCAGUGGAUGAUACGUCGUGAAGGUCUGCGUGUAAGGCAUGUCACAUUCGCGGUUCCCACUGGAACAUCUGCGAUGGCUUACUCACCACCUUCCCUGCGGUAGCCUUCACGGACGUCAGAAGCUGGUACUGGAUGUCAUCGAACUGUAGCAGACCUGUCCAUACAUACUUGCUACAUUGCCUUGCUUAAUUUCCGAGGAAAUCAAUGUGCGAACUUGGAGUAAAUCCUUCGGAGCAGACCUUUUCAGGCACGGUCCAAAAUUCGAUAUGAAUAUUUGAGCUGAAAUCCAUCAACUACUGCGGAAUAACCGCGUAAUAUAUACAGACCGUCAACAGGCAGACAGUAGUACAGGAUUGUGUUAUUAUUUAUCGCACUGACAAGACAGGUGCAUAUGCAGGAAAACACAAGGGGAAGGCCGGGGGACCCACUGAUGAGUCGAGCCCCUCGCAGUUGCGUCAGACAGCGACAGAUGAUCGGCACAACGCGCGUGUCUGGGCUUCUAGCUUGAGCCUGUCUUGUCAGUACGGUAAAUAAUUACAAAAUUCUAUACCUGCUGCUUGCUAAGCCGGUUUGUUUCUCCUGAGGUCAUCGUUUGGGAAGGCAGGAAGUACACUAUUGCAGGUUUCAGCAACCGUCAUCCAUCUGACCUGUUUGUAGAAUAAAACACGCUCACCCCCACGUCGGUUUAUCCGUGCUUGGGGCCUCACAAGCGACUUGUCCAUCGUCGUCGUCAGUCACCCACGUUUUACCCAAGGCUGAAGUGCUUCCGUACGCCAAAUCCCCGCUUCCCUCAUUUCUUGCAGCAGAUACUUCUUUCACGUACGAUUGGCGGUUCGAUCGCGUCUUCUAGCUAUGUGACUUUUUAGAUCUCAUAUAGUCUAUCUUACUGCACAUUUUUCUGGUUGGCAUCAAUCACAGGGCGUCUGAAGAGUGUGGUGCAGGAUCCAUUACAACAGUCGAAUUCCCUCUGCGUAGCAGAGGCCCGCCCUACAGUUCCAGCAGACUAAGUAGCAAGUUGGCCUUUGGGAAAUAUCCUUUCCCAAAGCCAGCGGACAUGCCCUCAUUAGUUCAGCGAGUGGAGCACCCAGGGAGGAUUCUACGGAUCUGGGGUUUGACGGCCUCUCUCCAGCGAACCCCUUGGUGCUUGUGCAAGUUUUCAUACUCCUGACAUUUUAUGUUACUAAAGUUGUUUUGAUCAUCUUUGAUACAUUAAAGUUCGUGACCUAUCAGAUGAAAGGUCACAAACGAAAACCCUUGUAAAGCACAGACCGUCUACUCCGCGUCGACGAAAGUUGUACUGAGUCAAAGAAACGACUGCUUUUCGAAAGAAGGCAUACUUUGGUUCAUAAAGUAUCAUUUACUAGCCAAGAAAUUAUAUAUUUUAUCGUAAACCAUUAAAUCAAAACGAUGACUCUAUGACUGGGCAAUUAUAUAGGGCCUAGUACAACUGAUGGCAGAGAAGGAAAAUGUAAUACAACGGCAAAGUAACAAUAAAACAAUAGAAAAUACUUGGAUUUUUAAGUUCUGCGAUUAGUCCCUAAUCAAAGAUCAAACAGAUUAGUGAUUGAAGUUUAUUUUUCAAACCUCUUGAGUCAGAAACAUGACGUAGUACCUACGAAUCAGAAGGAAGUCCAGUAUUUCUAAUCCGCGCUGGUGAAUUCUUGUUACAAAUAACUUGGGACAAAAUCACUAAGAAUCGGGCAUAACAAGACGACACAUCUGGAAAAAAUGAAAAAAUUAAGUCAAAGCAAGAAAAUACUAAUCCCCAAACCGGACUAAGGUUCUGAUAUCGUUCUACCAAAUAAGAGCGUUUAUGCUUAGAAAAGUAAACCAAUCUUGGGUGACGACACCAAUUUCAGAAGGGAGAGAAAGAGAGGCAAGGAACAACCGGAGAGAGUAGAAGCCCAACUCACAAAACGUUUUCGAAAACUGAAAGACCGAGGCUUCCUUCGUGAACAGGAGUCCGGAUCACUGAAGCCCACAGGCACAAGCCCCCGAGACCAUAUGGAUUACCAAAGGUUCACAAACCCUACCUUCCUAUGUGAUUAAUAUUAGGCAUGUUCAGCUCGUCUAAUCACACAAUCGCAAUGUGGCUGGCAGAAAGGCUCCAGCCAUUUUGGCACGAAAAAAUACCACAUAUCCUACGUGACAUGUUAUAUCGGUUCCGUAAGAAAUACGAAUCUCACUGUGGAAAAGAUGUUAUCCUUAGAUGUCUCGUCUUCUUUUAACUAGUAAUCUCAUGACAAUGAUAAAAAGAUUAUGUGACGAGACUGUUGGGCAGGAUUUCCCAGUCGAAAUGCCGAUCGUAGACCUAAAAGAGCCGCCCUUACUCUGCACGUUGAAAUUUUCAUUCAGACUCGGUGGCCAAUUUUAUCACCAGGUCGAAGGCGCAGCUAUGGGAUCACUCCACGGACCUCUUUUAGCUGAAGUUUUCAUAAGAAAACUGGAGAAGAACCAGCUCGGUCGAUGUAUAAAGGACCUUGAGUCCUAUGCUUGCUAUGUUGAUAACAUUUUGCUAAUAGCAGGUGCAACGCUUGAUGUGGAUGCCCUCCUGGAUUGAGUGAACCAGACUACCCAAGCGACAAUUACUUUGGAAAAAGGGGAAGGAGAGUGUCUCCCCUUUCUGGAUGUCCUAAUUAGUAGAACGCCUGAUGGAACAGUUCUUGGCGGUGGAUUUCAUAAGUAAACAUGGACGGAGCAAUGACCAAAUUUCUACAGCUACGUCUUGCUAAGUCAAAAAUGAAGCUUACUCCGCUGCCUAGACAACCAAACUAAGAGAAAAUGCCCUCCAGGUAUGCCGGACAUCGAACUCGUCUUUGUACAAAAUACUCCGUGGGAAAAUGGCCUUCCCGACAAGUUCAUCCCGAAAGAUGUGGAAGAAAAUUCUCCAAAAACGAAUCUACCAAAGGCUAAGAAGAAGAAGAAACUAUUUCACAAACGGCCAUUUCGAGGGGAUCUGGCAAGCGAAUUUUUACAACGUCGUUUAAACUCUGCCAUCGCGCGCACUUACUCAGCCGCCAUGUCGAGACCCAUUUUUCCAAGCAUUCCGCCUCUUCGCCUUGAAAGUGGGGAUAGGCUGCCCUUUCAGACCUUUCCUCAGUGUGCAUCUACGCCUUCACUUGCUCCGGUGCGGCAGGUUGUAUUGGUCGAACGACUAGGCGCUUAUCUGAGCGAAUGCUAAAGCACCAGCCUACCUGGCUAAAUCAAGGCAUUGAAAAGUCUAUCUCUGGAGCGAUUAUUGCUCCCUUGGUUGACGGCGGCCACAGGCUGGACACAGCAAUAGACCUUGGAAUCUGCACUCCUGGAAGGACAAGUUUCAUUUUGUCUACCAAAACAACAGGAAGCCUGCGAGCAAAGCCGCAUUCGAUGGAUGUCGGCGGAACAGUCGUUUGGAUGAACCGCACAAUCGAUAGCCGUCAGCAACUUGCAAACAGUUCUGGUAGAUCUAAUUUUUUGCUGCCUGAAGCAGCACCACACCAUAGGGCGGGUUCUACCACACUUUCCUAUGAUAGUGAUGUUCUUUCCGUAUUCGCUUAUUAGGUCAUCCAAAACGGUUUGAAAAGAAAUAGAUUCUCUCCACCCUUCAGAAUUGGACCACUUGGACUUGAAAAAGCGCAAACUUCUAAAGUAACAUCCUACAAAGCAUCCACUGGCAAGUUUGGGGUUCAGCCAUGACUCAGUACUUUAUGCCGUCAAGUUGUAGAGGUUCGAGAGGUAACUGGAGGACGCUCCUUGAAGCGAAUCCAGCUAGAAGUACACGAAGGCUACCGCAAAACAUACACGCUCAGUAUAUAUCCGUGUAGAGAAAACCGGAAGGGUAAAAGCGUGACAACUUCUCUGUCAGCACGGAACAAAAGGCGGCGAAAUCGUCCACAUGAAGUUUGUAGCGUUCGACUUGUGCGCAAUAAACGCGGCCUUUUUCUCGUUCAGAUCACGAAGUAAUGCAGGAUGUGGCUGCUAGUCGACAGCCGCCGGCGACCAACACAAUGACUCAGUCGUUAGAAAGCGACGGAGCACUUCUCCAAGUCGGAUUUUGGCGGAAAGCAGGCCGUGGUAACUGCUUGGUGAUCUAAAACUACAAUUUUUCCGAGUCCAGGCAAAACCACCGCCUAAUCUGCAUGAAACGCUACCCAAUAAAUAUCCUGCACAAUCAGUCAGGCCAAAUUGUCAUUGGUGAUAACGCUUGAACACGUGUUUAACAAAACACGCUUUGGAAAAUGAAUUAAAUGAGUUACACACGUUUACUUCGUCCAUCAUGUUCAGUGGAGCAUUAUCCAACAAGUUUCCAUUUACUAUGGACUCUCAAUAACUUCUUUCAGAAUGUGCAUUUAAAAAGGUUAUCAACUCCAGCACUUCGGACGAACUCGUGUCUUGUUGGACCAUAGGCGUAUAUCCCAAAUGGCUUUUAGUCCGUUAAGAAAUGGUUGCGAUUCUGAAUUCAGCAGUUGAAGACCAGAGUUUAUGUUCUAGUGAGCUAGUAAAAUAAACCGAAAUUUGUUGGGAAUUCAGAAAAGUUUACUUAAAAAUUCUUAAACUGUUCGUGACUGCCCGGCCCUAGCCUGUCAUGAGAUAAUCAUCAGGCUUCUGCAAACUGCAGUCAACGCCACCCUUGAUCUGUCUCGAAGAAAAUCUGCCGGAGAAGAAGAAACGGCCCAUUUGCCUUCACUUUCUGGAGUGGCUGCCGCCGAAAUCCAUCAGUGUGAUGCUCCAAAUCUACUGGUUAACAGUUUUUUCAGUACUAUGACAGUCUGGCCAUCGCGAAUGACAACAUCCACCAUGUGCCCCAUAGGGCGGGCGCCGGACACUGACUUGGGAGAGAAUAAAUUUAUUGUAGGGCUGACUUUCAUAGCGUCUACCCCGCUCACUCACCGGGCUCCGAUGGCAAGACACUGUCAGAGUGGUCGGAGGUUGGAUCGGGCACAGUGGUUACCCAGCUUAAACGGGCCGUCUACGCGUGCCGCAGCCACGACCUUCUUCCCGCAGCGUGUUCCAGGCUUCUUCAAGAGCCAUUAGGAUCUCACAUUCAUGAAAAUACCACAAGGGCCACACUAACAAGUCGUCAAUAUGGUCUGAUGCACAAUCAUCGGAAGAGUCGGCUUAUCUCAUCAAGUGGUAACCUCCCAAAUCGCCAGCGUCAGCACGUCGUAAUAAAUACAAGCUCGCCAGAUUUAUUGUAGUGGAAAAUGCGUUGAUUUGUCGUAGGGACGGUUUUCUCAGCGUCGGUCUCAUUCAAUUCCCUCCUUCAUGCGCCAGUCGACGAUUAGAACCUGUUAAACCACUGAAAAUUAGACUGACCGGCACUCUUGCAAAUUAACUCACAAAAGAUAGGGCAAUGGAGGAUAACUUUGAUGCUCGUCUGCUCAUCGGUGCGUGAUGACCGAAAUGGCUUUGAUAUUCAGACUGAUUUGUCCAUACUCGUUCGGCAAUCAGGAUGCAUCGGUUUACUCAGAGGUGUUUUGGCAGACUCCAAAUAGUUCACUUUGACCCAACCGUGAAAAACUCGGUGCCAAAACACCUCUGAUGUACGUGAGCCUGGUAGUCAUCUGGUGGAUUCUAGAUGUAUUACUUAGGAAAUCCUGCUUGGGCAACCAGCUUACUGCAUGAGAUUUGGUGGAUUCCAGACGUUGCAGUAGGUUGGGCGGAUAAAAUUGACCCAAGUGUGAUUAAACUCGCGUCGUCCGGUGGGGUUUCGUAGUUUAGAUAGUUAGAUGGCUAUCUUAAGGCCUCCCCUUGCUGUCGUGGGUUCGAAUCCCACCGAGGCACCGAGUUUUUCACGGUUGAGUCAAAGUGAAGCAUUGGUUUACGUUGAUUUUCUAUGUCUCCGCCAUUCCGGUAGCUAAAAUAGAUAGAGCAUUCGACUGAAUGACUAACUGAAUCCUGGGUCUAAACUUUGACUGCUUAAGCACUUAGACUUGGGUCAUCCCUAGCCGGUUACAGCUAAUAAGCUGAAAAUAGUUAUUACAGUGCCCUUAACCUUUUUUGGUAACACUUCUCCGUAGAAAUCCUUCCCCUGUCCUCAAGACGCACAGGAACAUCCAGCGUUUCUGAGUAUGAUGUCCAGGAUUCUGACGUGGAGUUUUGAGCGCAGAAAUGUCCAAACUGCUGGCGAAAAUAGGCAGAUUGGACCCCUGCACCAAGGGUGUCGUUUGUCUGACGCGUUAAACCCAUAUCCGAGUCCGGCAUCGGAGGCAGAAACGGGCAGAAAUACACAGGGGGUACAGUUUUUUUUACAGGGAUGUGCCUGCUGUACCGCUUACUGACAGUUCGAGCCUUGAUGCCGAGGGUGUCCACCGCGUGCUCUAUAGAGUGGGCAUAGGGCCGCUUCUUGCACGUGUAAGUGGGGAAGACUUGGACAGCAUCUACUACACUCUCUCCUCCUCCUCCUCCUCCUCCUCCUCCUCCUCCUCCUCCAACUGGGUCCAGUGUCCUGACAGGGUCAAGAAGGCCGGAAGCGGAGGGUGGAGCAGGUGAAUGGUGCGGCAUGAACCUGCACCUAGGUGUGUCAGCACACAGCUUGAGCUACACUCAAACGACCAGAAUCACACACAACAAGAAGGGCGGGAGCGGCUAGAAUCCCAGCCGAGUGGGAGUGCCAUGAAGGUCGAAUUAAGAAGGAGUCACUGCAGUUUGACUGCCAGUUCACGAUGGUGUCAAGCACGUCGAAUUGCUUAUAGGAAGAAAUUAUACGCUGAUAGUCGACCUCACUCUCUCUUCCCUUUUUCCAGCUCCAAUCGAUUGUCCGAGCCGGUCAGUUAACUGAUGCUCAGGUCGGGAGAUUUGGAUGACAUAGUUAUAAAAACAACCCGUAUGCGCGUGCCACACACACGAUUUGGCCCCCCACAAGCAGACACAGGCAUCUCGCAAUGAGAGUAAGCAGUUCGGAUCCCAUAUGUGUGAGAGUGCCAUAGAGAUCAUAUUAGGAAUAAGAUAUUCAGGGGAUGCAGUCUUUAUUGGAUGUACUUUCUGCAUCGCUUUACACCUGUAAAUUGACAGACCGGGUUUGGGUGCAUAGCAAACGCAUUCCGCAUAUACCGCAUCUUCUGUGCAUAUGUAUCUAUUCGCUUCUAACUCUGGUGAUGCGGUCUAGGAGUAACCGAAAACGGCAAACUGCCAAACCCCCGUUCUGUCGAUCGAGUCUACUGCAUGCAGGUUACUAUCUGAAACUGGCUCUCUCUCUCUCUCUCUCUCUCUCUCUCUUUCUCUCUUUAAAUCGCCAAUCGUCAUUCUCCACUGCGUCCUGGCUAUAAUAGUAUGGACAUUUGCAUAAAUUGUGGGCCAACAGGUCCAGGCGGUGUGCAUGUACAAAACAGCGAAGCUUGUACCCGAUAGGAUUCACUAGUCUGAGGGUUACAUGUGGGUGGCUGUGCGGUUUGCCUUUCGGGUAUAUUAUAAUGCACUGGAUCGUAUGGUAAUUAUGUCAUGUCUCGCAGGGCAGGACUGCGGACCUCAGGUGCACUUCUCGUGCGCGAGAUUGCACACCUUUCAUGGUCAAAGUAUUUCGGCAUUAGUCUUGAGCAUAUUCCGUCUGCAGGCAACUCUCUCUCUCUCUCUCUCUCUCUCUCUCUCUCUCUCCCUAUCUAUCCACCUAUCUGCCUGACACCCUAGAACUCAUAGAGCCGUCCUGUAUGCGCCUGGAAUGGCCAGUCAAAGUAAAAAAGGCUUACUUUCGGCGGGAAUACAGUGUCGCAACACUUAGAAUUGUCUAUUCCCCCACCAGCCUGUCUUACGGGCGGACUACUACUACUACUACUACUACUACUACUACUACUACUACUACUACUACUACUACUACUACUACUACUACCACAACAACAACUACUACUACUACUACUACUACUACCACAACAACAACUACUACUACUACUACUACUAUUACUACUACUACCACCACUACUACUACUACUACUACCACCACCACCACUACUACUACUACUACUACUACUACUACUACCACCACCACUACUACUACUACCACCACCACUACUACUGCUGCUACUACUACUACUACUACUACUACUACUACUACCACCACUACUGCUGCUACUACUACUACUACUACUACUACUACUACUACUACUACUACUACUACUACUACUACCACCACCACUACUACUGCUACUACUACCACUACUACCGCUGUUACUACUAA